UAGGAAGGAGCGAGACUGGCGAGCGCAAUGUGGCAAAGCGGCGGCAUGGGCGCCCAUGCGGCCAACAAUCCAUGGAUGAAAUUAAUGGGCAUUGUCCACAAGGAGAGGAGGCAUCACGAUUCGGGCUCUGCCGCUGCCGCCGCUUCCGGUGUUCAGGGCUCUGCGACUACUGGCAGCAACGACCGGACGCUCAAUCAAGGACUCACCGCUGCGGACUGCCCCCUCUGCGAAAAAGCGACAAAGAGGCCGCCUCCAUGCAACAUGCAGAUGAUCCUGGUUGCUGGCGGAUCGCUGCCGAAACUCAGCAGCCAGGACGAGGAUGGGCCGAACCCACACACCCAAUACACAGGCGUCACGCAGUUCGAGCCCAUACCGCACGAUCAUGACUUUUGCGAGAGGGUCGUCAUUAACGUGAGCGGGCUACGGUUUGAGACGCAGCUGCGUACGCUGAACCAAUUUCCGGACACGCUGCUUGGCGAUCCGCAUCGGCGGAUCCGAUACUUCGAUCCGCUUCGCAACGAGUACUUCUUCGACCGGAAUCGGCCCUCCUUUGACGCGAUACUUUACUACUACCAGAGCGGUGGCAGGCUGCGUCGCCCGGUCAACGUUCCUCUCGAUGUCUUCUCCGAGGAAAUCAAGUUCUACGAACUGGGCGAGCUGGCCACCAACAAGUUCAGGGAGGACGAGGGCUUCAUCAAGGAAGAGGAGAAGCCGCUGCCAUCGCAUGAGUUGCAGAGGAAGGUUUGGCUGUUGUUCGAGUACCCGGAAAGCUCGCAAGGCGCCCGGGUAGUCGCCAUAAUAUCCGUGAUCGUGAUCCUCCUGUCGAUCGUGAUAUUCUGCCUGGAGACCCUGCCGGAAUUCAAACACUACAAGGUCUUCAACACGACAACGAACGGCACGAAGAUCGAGGAGGACGAAGUGCCGGACAUUACCGACCCGUUCUUCCUAAUAGAGACUAUUUGUAUCAUCUGGUUCACGUUCGAGUUAUCGGUGCGCUUCCUCGCCUGUCCAAAUAAACUGAACUUCUUCCGUGACGUAAUGAAUUUCAUCGAUAUCAUCGCCAUCAUUCCGUAUUUUAUCACGCUCGGUACCGUGAUGGCCGAGGAUGAGGAGGCGCCUGAUGAACCAAAGGCGCCGGUAAGCCCGCAGGACAAGAGUACGAACCAGGCGAUGUCCCUGGCGAUACUCAGGGUGAUCAGGCUCGUCAGGGUGUUCCGGAUAUUCAAGCUGUCCAGGCACAGUAAAGGCCUUCAGAUCCUCGGUCGUACGCUCAAGGCCUCCAUGAGGGAGCUCGGCUUGCUCAUCUUUUUCCUCUUCAUCGACUUCUAUAGGAGACCAGCUCGGCAGCAGCAACCUAUCGAUUAAACGACUCUUUCACUUUCCGUAAUUCCAAAAGAUGUAGCUAUUUAGUUGGCAACUAAGUGAUUGCGGAGUUUGUCAUUAGGUCAUAUUGACAAAGUCCGCGAAUCGCUUAAUUGCCGACCAACCAAUGCAUCGUCGCUGGAACGUUUAGACGUCGGUUUCGAUAGAUCAGGAUCGAUGCUCGAUCGAGCAACGAUUCACGAUAGCCGCAAGCAAAUGAAGUAGUCAUGCGUGGUUUUUUCAAGCGUAUGGAAAGUUCUGAGCGACGAUGUAGUGGUUCCCUCGCGUCGGACGUGUUUACGUGGUCCAUGGAAGUUUAGUCGAUUUCCGAGCGUCCCAGCAACGACACAGCCGUUUAUUUGCACGGUGAAUUCUAAGAGCGUGAAAUUGAGGGGCCGACCGGCAGCCAGAAAUUUGCAAUUUAAUCGGCCGAAUCUUCGAUGCUUCUCGUCGCCGCGAAAAUAACACGGUAGUCUGGUAUCGUCUGGUGAAAAGUAUCGUUUCGUCGAAAACCGGAGGCGUAUUCUCCGAGGUUUUUCAGUUUCCGCUGACGAGGAUUUCUGUGUGUUCGGAGGGUGGCCUGCCACCAGCAGAUUUACAGGCUCGUUCGCCUAUCGAUUCGUAAUUCGGGUCCCGGAAGAGUUCUAAACUCUGUGUUCGUCGAUUUUUCUAGAAACGUGUCGGUUUUCCUUAAGGGACGACAAACGGUUACGUAAGUUUUCCAUAUUCGUGAUCGCACGAAUGCCAAAGAUUCGCUGGCGCUCGACGAGUCGUUGCCCGGAUGUGUGGAAAGAUUCGCGUCCAUUGUUUGAGCGAGGGAACAGACGAAUCCUUUGAAAGUGUAUUGCUGCAGUCGGUGGAAGGCUGCGCGAAGAUAUCUCUAGGUAACGAAAAACGAUGGCCGAUCGUGGCGUAUCUGCAAGAAGACUGGAAAUCCAAUCAACGUAAUGGAAGCAGACCCAUAAAGACGUGGAUCUUGGUCGAUUGAGCGGAAAAAGAGGAAAGUUGGAAGAGAAUGGCGCGUGGCGUGGCAAUCGAUCCAUCGGUUGAUCGGUCGAUGGAUCGGUUCGUGUAUGCAGGGUCGUGAGGACGAUACGAGAACACGAGAAGGAGUCACGGCAGUGGACGUAGACGCGGAUGGAGAGGACUGCUAAACGGACUAAGAGCUAGAGGCCGGCAAAGUAGCGUGUCUUGAAGCGUCUGUUCCUC